UGACGUUUUAAAGGGAGCCCUGAGCGCGUCGCUGCUUCCUCAGAUUUACGGAGCCCGAGAAGGAGAGAAGCGCCCAAAAGUCGCGGCGGGCACUCGCUGCCCCUUUCUUCCCUGAGCGGGCUGUACAAUCCUCGGCAGUGUCCUGAGACUGUACGGUCAGCUCAGGGGCGGCUCGGAUUGCAGCCUACUUGGCGACCUUCGUUCUUCUGCUCGCGUGUGAAUGCGCGGAGAGAGCGCCUAGCCAGGGGCCCUUGGCGGCAAGAGAAUCUAGCCGACUGAAGGAGCGCAAGGAAGGCAGAAGCGGAGAAAAGGGCGAGCGAAGCAGUCCAGCUCAGCGCCUAUCGAAGGCCUUCAGGGACCUUCCCACCCACUUAAGCCAGGCCCCCGCCUGGAUCUGCGUGCGCCCAGGCUGCCCUUGCCAAGCAGGACGCCCACGGGAGCCUUCGCCUUCCUCUCCUUGCGCUUGGGUUAAGCAGCAAGCGAGAAAAGAGCAAAGAGGAACAGCAGGAGCGGCGGCGGCGGCAGGGGCGUCCAGGAUGACAGCUGAGAAGGAGAAGAGGAGCAGUUCUGAAAGAAGGAAAGAGAAGUCAAGAGAUGCAGCACGGUGUAGAAGAAGCAAAGAAACUGAAGUAUUCUAUGAGCUGGCCCAUGAGCUACCAUUGCCUCACAACAUCAGCUCACAUCUGGACAAAGCAUCUAUUAUGCGUCUUGCAAUCAGUUUCUUACGGACACACAAGCUGUUGUCUUCGGUCUGCACCAACAAUGAGAGAGAAAUUGAGACAGAUCAGCAGCUGGAUAACUUGUACCUGAAAGCUUUAGAGGGAUUUAUCACUGUCAUCACACAGGAUGGAGACAUGAUCUUUCUGUCAGAAAACAUCAGCAAAUAUAUGGGUUUGACACAGGUGGAAUUGACUGGCCACAGCAUUUUUGAUUUCACUCAUCCAUGUGAUCAUGAAGAACUUCGGGAAAAUCUAAGCUUGAAAAAUGGUCCAGGUUGUGGGAAAAAAAAUAAAGAGAUGAGUUUGGAACGUGACUUCUUCAUGAGAAUGAAAUGUACUGUUACCAACAGAGGCAGAACUGUAAAUCUCAAAUCUGCCACAUGGAAGGUUUUGCACUGCACAGGACAAAUUAAGGUCUAUAAUACGUGUCCUCCUCAUGCUCUGUGUGGUUUUAAGGAGCCACUCUUAUCCUGCCUUAUCCUGAUGUGUGAACCCAUUCAGCAUCCUUCCAAUACUGAUAUUCCACUGGACAGCAAGACUUUCCUGAGCCGUCAUAGCAUGGACAUGAAAUUCACCUACUGUGAUGACAGGAUAACUGAAUUAGUUGGAUAUCAUCCUGAGGAACUGCUGGGCCGUUCUGCAUAUGAAUUCUACCACGCGUUGGAUUCUGAGAGUAUGACCAAAAGUCAUCAAAACUUAUGUGGAAAAGGCCAAGUGGUUACAGGGCAGUACCGCAUGCUUGCCAAGCAUGGCGGAUAUGUGUGGCUUGAAACCCAAGGAACAGUCAUCUACAAUACUCGGAAUUUGCAGCCUCAGUGUAUAAUUUGUGUUAACUAUGUUCUAAGCGAAAUAGAGAACAACAACAUUGUAUUCUCCAUGGAUCAGACAGAAUCACUUUUUAAGCCUCAUAUGAUGGCCAUGAACUCCAUGUUUGACCAUGGAGUCCCAGUGGCUGAUAAGAGUGACUUAUUCACCAAGCUGAAGGAAGAACCAGAAGAACUUGCCCAGUUGGCACCAACACCAGGCGAUGCAAUUAUUUCUCUUGACUUUGGAACGCAAAAGUUUGAGGAAAUCUCUACCUACAACAAAGCUGUGAUGACUCCAAACACUCGGUGGCCUCCAGAAGGGAAGAACCAGGCAUCCCAGACUGAAAAGCUGAGUGUGCCAUCAUUUACCUUGCCUCAAGUUGCACCUGGCAGCAGUACCCCCAGUGCAAGCAGCAACAGCAGCUGUUCCACUCCAAGUAGCCCAGGAGAUUAUUAUACUUCUUUAGAUGAAGACCUGAAGAUUGAGAUGAUUGAGAAGCUUUUUGCCAUGGACACAGAUGCCAAGAAUCAAUGCAGUUCACAGAGUGACUUCAACGAACUGGAUCUUGAAACUUUGGCUCCUUAUAUUCCCAUGGAUGGGGAAGAUUUCCAGCUGAGCCCUAUCUGUCAAGAGGAGCGUCCUCUCUGUGAAAGUGUCCAGCUUACCCAGCAGAGCUUAAGCAACAUAAGCAGCCUCUUCCAACCUCUUGCUCCUUCUUCCCAGAGCCAGUUCCUCCUAGAGAAAUAUUGCCAGCCAGGAUCUGACAAAAACAUGCAAGCAGGCCAAGGGACUGGGCCAUUGCCAUUCUUCAACCAUGGGAGUCAGUCAUCCUCAUUCUUGCUGCCCUACUAUGCACAAGCCAACACUCCACUGUCUUCAAUGGGGGGGAGACCAAAUACACAGUGGCCACCUGACCCACCCUUACAGUAUGUGCCAACAAAAUGGAGAGGAAUGGGCAAUAAGUCUUUAAUGAGCUCUGCAUCAGACCCCCCACCACUGCAUUUGCCCAGCAUAAACACAGAUAAGAAAAGAUCACUGGAGAGUUUUGGACAGCGAGGCAUAGAUAUAAACCCAGCCCGGAUAGCUCUUGCCAACAGUUUCAAGUUGAAGCGGCAGUUAGAUUAUGAAGACCAAACAUUUCAACACCUGAAUGGGACACAAGAUGACAUAUCUGGCCUUAAUCCAACCCACUUAAUGUUGAAAAGAAUGAAAAUUCUCAGAAGUGAAAACUGUGCAUUGCUUUCAGAAAAGAAGUCACUCAGCACAAGUGUCCUUAAUGAUAAGUUUCUUUGUAACCUGCAAAGAUGCUCAGGCCAAUCAGUGCGUGUGAUGCAGCAACAACAGCAGGAUCUACCACUGUCCUCUGGCAACUCUGCAAAUAAUCCCAAAGUUGCGUACUCUCCCCCUUUUUACAAAACCCCUUAUCAGGACUUCAGUGUAUCGCAAGCUCAUAGGAUGUCAGGAGUCGCGAGUCGUCUGCUUGGGUCUUCUUUUGAAUCUUAUUUGUUGCCAGAAUUGACCCGAUAUGACUGUGAGGUUAACGUCCCAGUGCUGGGGAGUUCGACUCUUCUCCAGGGAGGUGACUUGCUUCAAGCUCUUGACCAAGCAACUUGAGCAAAUCUGCGGUGUCCCCUGGCUGAUACUGUUCCAAGCAGCUGCAGUUUUAAAAAAAUAUUUUUGCAAGUAGACAAUUUCUAAUACUGAUUUACAUUUUUACAAGAUUUUACUUACCUGUUGAACUUGUCCACUUUACCAAAUAGUGGUCUUUCUGCAAAGUUACUCACUUUCUUAUUUGCUUUAAAAGAAGUAUGCAUCUACUGUAUUUUUUCCUUCUAUUCCAAUAAAGUGUUCCUUAGAAAAUUUAUAUUAUAUUAUUCCCCUUUGCUGUGUGUAAUUUAUAUGUUCUGAAAUUUCUUCAAUAUUCAUGCUAAUUAAAAAAAAAAAAAGGCUUUGGGUGUGCUAAUGCCUGAAUGUAAUAACUUUGGCUCAAUUUAUUGCAACAGUAUCAUUUUUUGCCAAAGAUUAAGUGAAAUAAAUCUUUUCCCUGACUGUAGUCAGCACUGCCUUAUUCAAACAGAGUACCUAUAUGGCCAUUCCCAAGCUGUUGCAUACAUUUUCCAGUGUGCAGAAGAGUGCAAACAUCUAUCUCUUUACAAAUCCAAAAAUAAGAGGUAAAUUUUCAUUAAUUCUAAGAAUUAACUGCUCUCUUGGCUAAUCCCUGUCAAAUAAUAGAUCAUAGUCUAAUUUAAUGUUUGGGUCAGUGUCUUCACUUAAGACUGAAUGUUCUAGCAAUGCCAGCAAUAAUCGCAUGCAAUGCCUAUGCAUAUCAAGAACAGAAAAUGAAGGCAAUGUGGGGACAGAUCAUUUGGCUCCAGCUUCCUCUCUAAUGUUGCAAAUUAUCUUAGAAUGCACUCUCAGAUGGUGCAGUAUAGAUGCUUGGCUUCGUAUCUUAUCCUGGCUUAGCAUUAAAGAUGGACGCUUUUUCACAUUUGUGUAUGGAAGAGCCGAAGCUAUCUGGCAAGUCUCUGCUUGGAUUUGAGCAAUAUGGAAGCGCCUCCCUCACCUGAUCUUAAGAGAAUUCCCACAAUUCAAUGUUCUCCUAAAUUAAAAUAGGUGGGAAAGUUGCUGACUGUUUAGGUUUUAAGCAUGUUUUUUUGGAAAAGAAUCCAAAACAAUGGAACUGUUGCAUUCUAUCUCAUUUAGAUAAGAAGUAACUCUGCAGAAUCUGUCUAAAUAAGUCAGGAAUUUAAAUCAGAGUUAGGGAUAAUCAUAAAAAAUGCUGAUCACUUAGACAAAUUAAUUUAUAUGUUUUAAUUCUCUAAUAUUUUGAACCAACCACCAUAACCGAUUUGAUACUUUUGUCUGGGUUAAAUAUUUAUCAUGUACUGGUACUUGGUAUUAUCUUUUAAGAUAGAUGCAGAAUUAUGAAUGCUUCUUUGGAAUUCUUUUCUUCAAUCCCAUUGUUUUGUUAUGCCAUGACAGGAAUUGUCUAAAGGAUAUUAUUAACACUGCUAAUUGCCAGAUAAAUUGGAUGUUGGUCUUUCGGUUUUUGUUUUUUCGUCUCAGCUAAGCUAUCCACGUCCUCCACACUACUGAUUUGUGCUGAGAAAUAAAUACAUUUGCUUGCCUACUUAUUAUGCUGUAGAAAGUGUUAUAGACUCUGGUGUGGUUCAGUGAGAUUUUUGUCACUUUUUUUAGCGUACCUUAAUUGUUGAUAGCCUUUCUGUGCAAAUAAUCUUUUGGUAGGUUUUCAAAAGACCAUUCUGAACUUUCAGAAACACUAUAAGAAAAAAAUGUUGGUGCUCAGGAAUUUAUUUAAAUAGAAGGAGUCCAUUUCAUUCCAUGUAGUCCUGUUUGCCUUUGCUGGCAAACAGGAAUAGCUGUAUAUUCAAUUCAGCAAUAAUAUAAGCUCAAGGAACUGUGGGGUGCAGAUUUAAAGGUAUUUAUUAAAACUAUAGAGCAGAUGUGCACAAUCUGAGGCCCUGAGGCCUUAUGUGGUCCCCAAAAGGUUGGAUGCAGCCCUUAGAGACCUCCAAAAGUUGUUACCAAGCUAUAAUAUUUAAUAAGACAGAAGGGCAAAGUUAUUAAAUGCACAAGUAUAGACCAAUUGUGUUUAUUAUUUUAAUCUGAAUUCAGUUUAAAUGUAAAUGAAAUGACAUCAUACUGGAGAGCAGCCACCAGCUUGCCCAAGGCUAAGUGUGAUGCUUGGUGUAGAAACAAUUGCACACCCUUGCCUUUGAAUUUUAGAAUGAGCUUUAGAAUGCCAGGGUAGAGUCAGAGGAUCAGGAAUUGUGAUAAUGUUACAUGACUUGCUCAGAUGAUUAUCUGGUGCAAAUUAGCACCAACUGAAAUUUCUAAAAGACAGGGACCUCUCUUAGAAUGAAACUGGUUUCACUGGAGAAUGGGGUUAUAGGGGAACACCCCAAAGCAGAUCCUUGGAAGGAGUGAGGACUCUAUAGCUGGGGGUGGGGGGGAGAAUAAAACCUUGUUGUGCAAGUGGAAGUGUACUUACAUGGCAUUAAAUUUCACUCUUAGAAAUUAAAACAAUUUCUAUAUAUUAUAUUCCUGCUCAUGCUCAUUGCCCUCAUGUAGACAAAUAUAUUAGUAUUUAAGGCUCAUUGAAGACAAUAGGGUUUAAGAUGUAGCCAAGCUUUCCUGAAAGUCCUAUUGACUUAAUUACAAGUAACUUUUGAGUGGGGGGGAAGGGAGGGAUUCAGGCCUAUAUUUGCUUGUGGUUUACUGCUGAAGUGCCUUAAACCUCUUAGUCCAUUAUGGCAAAUAUGGCUCCCAUUCUUCCCUUCAUGGGGAAUAUAAAGCUAUGCUAGAACUUUGCAUGUUCUACACUGAAGGAGUCCUUGUAAAGCCAUGGUUGCCUGUCUGCCUUACAUAGAAGUUGCAGUUUUGAGAAAAAUCAGUGCUCUAUCCACCCAAAGCUAAGUUAGCAGAAAAGGGAAAAACAAAUGAAAUGUGAUGUAGAUGGGUUUUGCCUGAAAUUUGGGAAGAAAAACGUUCUUCAGGGUAGGUAAACCCAUGAAAGAAGUUGUUUGCAGAAAGAUUUUAGAGUGAAAGUGUUCAGAAAUGGAGUCUGCUCAGGGAUCUUUAUUUUUUUAAAAAAACCACUAUAUAUUUUCUUUAAUUGACUCAACAUUUCUAUAGUGAAUGAAAAAAGUCACAGCAGAAAUGCUGUGAACAUUGCCCCAGCCCCAGCCCCCCCCCCCUCUUUUUUUUUUGUUCCAGGGCCUAAUCUCUCCAGUGUUGAAAUACUUGUACUCAGGAGGUUAUUCUGGUCCCCAGGUUAGGAUUUUCGUUGUUUCUCAGCAGCUCAUUACAUUGUACCAAUGACAAGCCUUUGAGAAAGAAAGGCCUGGAGCAAGUCCUCCACCUAAGUUGUUAGCCUUAUCAUUCUACCAAUUGAUGAUCAGCAUCUACAGGUGAGAUUAUAGGAGGCAGAGGGGAAACUAGGGCCAGCUGAAGCCAUUUUGAUGUCUACAGAAAAAGAUAAAGAGGUAUAGAACUAUCUCCCAAUUCCAGAAGCUGAUCAGACUGAGAUUUGAAUCUUCUUCAGAAUUGGUGAUAGGAAUGUCCUCUGUCUCGUCCAAAAGUAGCAGUCUUAAAUUAGGAGGUAUAAAGUAGGCCAUCCAAAGACAGAAUAUGGCCCAAAGCCCUGAAAAAUGCACUACUAUGGUUUCAUAUGAAGUGCAAACCCAACCAUUGAGUAUAAUACUAUACCUAUAUGAUAGUAAGCCCUUCUGAAAUUGAAAGGACAUAAUUUUGAAGACGCAUGUAUAAGUUUACAUUUCCAAGAGUUUGCCUAUGCCAUGCAAAGUUCAGGAAGCAUCUGUCAAAGGGUGGCCAUCAUAAUACCCUCUUUUUCAACUUGGUGCUUUCCAGUGUUGACUGCAACUCCAAGAAUACAAAACCCAGCUGUAAUUUAUAUCUGGAGGGUAUCAUGUGGAGGAAGACUGUGAUAAUACUUUCACAACUAAUUAAGUAUAUGGCAUAAUUUCAGAUCUGCAAGAAGAGUAGAAUGUUUAUCAGAAGAACAUUGUAUUUAAAAAUUAGUACUUUUUAAUGAAGCAUUAAAGAGUUGUUUAUAUAUAUAGUUCGUCAUAAUGCACAUGUUCAGAGAAGUGGCAAUGGAUUACAGCUUCAAGUAAAAUAUAUUUAGUGGCAAAUUUGAUUUCCUUGAUAUGAUUCUCUUAUAUGAGUUUGAUUGGAUCAGAUCUUCAGUUAUUAUAAUAAAGUUUUAAGUAAACUUUGGAGGAAACAUAUAUUACAAAUAUCCGCAUAAGCUGCUAAUCAUAUAGUUCACUUUAAAGUAAUCCAUUGAUUUACAGUGACAUCUCUGGAGUUUAAGUGGCUUGAAGCCUGUGGUUGCAGCAAACCAGAUCUGUUCAUGAUAAUGAGCUGUGUGCCUGAAGGGUUAAUGGCACUCAUAUAUUGCUACUUUAUUUUUAUUUGUAGUUUCAGCAUUCAACUGUUUACCCUAACCCUUUACUAAAAAUACACUGGGGGAGAGGGAGUCCAUGCUUAAAAUAUUAACCAUAACUAUUGUCAUAAUUAUUUCAUGUUGUCUCUAUUGUUGAAUUUCUUACUGAUAAUCUUGUAACUGUAUGGCAACUUUUAACUCAAUAAAGAAAUGUAUUUUGACACUGAUACCUUAUUAAAGCAUACUGAUCCUUCCA